CUACAUAGGAUACUAAUUUCCUGGACAUAUAUGUAUCGUAAAACAAGAAUUCUUGUAUUAUACCCACAUCUUACAUGAUUCCCAAUGCAUUGGUAUCCAUCAAAAUUUUAACAGAAUCUCUUUUGGGUGUACUUUCCUAUUUACAUUUUUCAACAUUUACAAUAAAACCCUCCAGGGGAUCUCUCUAUAAGUAUUUAGACCUCCACUUACUUCUCUAACACCCUAAUUCUUUUCAUUCUCUUUUUAACUUCCUUAAAGAUCGACCAACAAGAAGAUGGACAGCUCUUGCAGUGAGAACUACAUGUAUGAGCUAAGAAGAGGGCAAUGGACACUCGAGGAAGACAAUCUUCUUAUUAAUUACAUCACUCGUCAUGGUGAAGGCCGUUGGAACGCCCUAGCAAAAUCUUCAGGAUUGAAAAGAACCGGUAAAAGUUGCAGAUUGAGAUGGUUGAAUUACUUAAAACCAGAUAUUAAGCGCGGGAAUCUUACCCCACAAGAACAAAUCUUAAUCCUCGAAUUACAUUCCAAGUGGGGUAAUAGAUGGUCGAAAAUUGCACGCCACUUGCCAAGUAGAACAGAUAACGAGAUCAAAAACUACUGGAGAACAAAGGUACACAAACAAGCAUGUCACCUUAAGAUCGACUCCAAUAGCAAGAGGUUUGUGGAAACACUUCGGCGAUUUUGGAUGCCAAGAUUACUUGAACAAGUUGAACAAAACUCAUCCCCGUCGUCAUCAUCUAUUUGUACGUCAACAUCUGAAAUUGAUCAAAACAACUUAAGCACUUCAUCACCACAAACCGAACAAACUCUAAUGGUGUCAUCAGUAACAUCUUAUUCGCUAUCAAACAAAACCGAAAACCCUAAUCCGAGCUCAAGCAUUUGUUCCUCGGAUUCCACAGCUAUGGUCUUUCCUGAACAUUUAAAUCUUCAAUCAAACCCGAAUGGAGAAAUCGCUUACUACGACUCAUCACGCCAAUACAACGACUGUUACCAUGUGAAUAUGAGUGAAUUUGACAUGGACUUCAUCCAUUUGGACAUGCAAGCAGUGGGACCUGAUGACAUGUCGGCUCCAGAAUUCCAGCUUACGGAAGUAGAUUGGAUGAAAGAUGAUGAAUUGGCUAGCACAUCGUGGAACAUGGAUGAAUUGUGGCAUUUUAGGAAGUAGGUAGUUUUUGUUGCCAUUGAUAGUUGGCCAUGGUAUUAUUAAAGUUUGUUGAUGUGAGUUGUAUAUAAUGCAUAGGUACUUGUACAUUGAUUUGGAAAAAGCUUUACUUGACCUCUUAGAUUUGUCAAUAACUUAAUUACGUACUUUUCUCCCUCUAAUAAUAGCAGCA